UCCAAGACUGAAUUUCUUGGUUGUACUAGCCUGAUAUUGCAUUUCACGGCUUCGCAAAAGCAACAUUAUCAGCCUAUGUUACAAAAUGACAGCGUUUAAAAAUCCUACCAAACAACUGUGAGAAGAGAUUGACAAAAAGUGGGUUGAAACAGACUAUAAGGAGCACUGUUACAAGUGAUUAUUAUUGAGUUGUUAAACCACAAUGGAACAUAAGGGGACAGUGGACCUGGAAGAUGAUUUGGCAUUAUUACCACGCCUUGCACCUAGUCCUCACAGUGAAGCAGUGGCCCAUGAAUUUCAAGAACUCUCUUUGCAACCAAACCAAUAUUUACCUCCUCUCAAUGAAAGGAAGAAUGUUCUUCAGCUGAAGCUGCAGCAAAGGCGAACAAGAGAACAGCUGGUGGACCAGGGAAUCAUGCCACCUUUGAAGAGCCCAGCUGCAUUUCACGAGCAAAUAAAGAGUUUGGAAAGAGCCAGGACUGAAAACUUUCUGAAGCAUAAAAUACGCAGUAGGCCUGAUCGAUCAGAAUUAGUCAGGAUGCAUAUUCUUGAAGAAACAUUUGCAGAACCCUCUCUCCAGGCGACUCAGAUGAAGUUAAAGAGGGCGCGACUGGCAGAUGACCUGAACGAGAAGAUCGCUCAGAGGCCGGGCCCUAUGGAACUGGUGGAGAAGAAUAUUCUCCCUGUAGACUCCAGCGUCAAAGAAGCAAUUAUAGCAGUUGGUCAGGAGAACUAUCCUCAGACACUGGAUGAAUUCUCAUUUGAUGAAGACAGCAGUGAUGCUUUAUCUCCAGACCAGCCUGGUAGUCAGGAGUCCCAAGGGUCAACCGCUUCUCCCGGAGAGCCCAAAACAAAAGAAAUACCCUCGCCUGUUACUCCAGCUUCCUCAGCCACCCAGUAUCCCCCCUUAGCAAUACCGGGAACUGACUUUUUGAAGCCACCUGUCACAGAUCAGCAUGUUACACGCACAACAACUGCUGCUCCUCUUACCACAAAUUCUGUGACUGCCACAAAACACUGCAGUGGGCCAACACUAAUAAAGCAACCUCACCCCAAGAACCCCAAUGACAGACCUCGGAGCAAGAAAUCCAAAGAACCGAAGCCCAGAGUAAAGAAACUGAAGUACCACCAGUAUAUCCCCCCUGAUCAGAAAUUGGAGAAAAACGAGCCCCUGAUGGACUCUAACUACGCUCGUUUGCUGCAGCAACAACAGCUAUUUUUGCAACUGCAAAUCCUGAGCCAACAACAACAACAUUACAAUUACCAGACAAUUCUUCCUGCACCACUCAAGCAAAUAAAUGACAAACAGGGUAACACUGGGAAUGUACCACUCAACGCUUUGAACAACAACAGCAUCUCUUCAGUAGCUGUCGGCACACCCAGACUGAACGCUAAUAUUUCAACUAGAAAGCCAGGACCUCUUCCUCCUAGCUUGGAUGAUUUGAAGGUAGCUGAACUGAAAAUGGAAUUAAAGCUAAGAGGAUUGCCUGUGUCUGGAACUAAGAUGGAUCUCAUUGAGCGUCUGAAACCCUAUCAGGAUCUUAACAAUAAUUCUGUUGGCACAAGUAACACAGGGACAGGAACGGCUUCCAGUAAUGGAACCAGUAAACCUGGAGAAGUCACUACACCGUUCCUUGCUGCGCCAUUAAAUAAGCCGGCAGUGAAUUCUGCUCCCAGUACCUCUUCGGAAACAGCAUCUGUUGGAACCGGCAGCAAAACAGGCCCCCUGGAACACGUGGGGUCCCCUUUGCCCAUUUCCCCUUCUCCUUCGGAACAGUCCAGUCUCAGAAUGGACGAUACCAACAUGGCCGACACUUUGACGGAAAUCAUGACCCUGAUUUCUCCGUCGCAGUUCCCAGGCGCUUCCCCUCUUCGAGCAGCCGCAAACGAAGAUGGCGGAAUCGCCUCCGGCAUGGACCUGGAUGCCACGGAGAAGGACCGCAAGCUUCAAGAGAAAGAGAAGCAGAUUGAGGAGCUCAAAAGAAAACUGGAACAAGAACAGAAGUUGGUGGAAGUGCUGAAGAUGCAACUGGAGGUCGAGAAGAGGAGCCAUCAGCAGCAGCAGCAGCAGCAGGCCCAAGCUUCGGCUAACACGGCAAUGACUUUGAAUCGUCAGCAUAACAGCUCCUCUGUGAAAGAAGAAGGCACCGUGGCAGACAGCUCUGAGGCAAGGCAGUUGGUCUCUGAUGCCAGCCAUGCUUUAGGGCAGCCCAGGUCAGCAGAGAUCCAAAAUCUAGUUGCCAAAAAGGCCGUGGUUAUCAAGCAAGAGAUACCUUUGGCCCAAGCGGAGCCACAGAACGUCAUCUCUCAAUUCUAUGUGAGUUCACAGAGACAGCCCCAAACGGCGGUCGUCGCCCAUCCUCAAGCUCUGCUGGCUGCCUCAGGGACUGCCCAGCUGCUCCUGCCACUCUCUCUGCAGGGCCCAAAUUCAGCCACUUCGGUGCAACUGCCUGUGAGCAACAUCCAGGUUCAAACACAAGCUGGUAUUCCGGCCAUCGCACAAGUAUCUACUUCUGGUUUGGUCCCCAAAGUACCACAGAUGCACAUGUCAGCCCCCAAACAAAAUGCUUCCCCGCAGCAUGCAGCUGGCCAAAGCUCAGAAAACAGAAAGGUAUUUCCUCCUACCUCACCUAACACAGUAUUUUCCUAUCAGAAUCCGUCUGCUACAAACCUUCAGCAACCUUUGUUUAAGCCAGCAUCAAAUACGACGCCUCACUCAGGGAACCAAGCACCCUUAGUGCAAAAUGGACCGAACCCUCUCCAGAAGCCACCUUCCCCAGCUCAGUCCCAGCAAUACCUUUUGCAACAGUCCUUGUUCAACAGUUCAGGAACCAAAUCAAAAGACCCUCCACGCUACGAAGAAGCCAUCAAACAGACGCGCAGCCUGCAUUCUUCUCAAGAAAUUUCCAGUGCCCACAGCCAGCAGAUGGACGAUCUUUUUGAUAUCCUCAUUAAGAGCGGAGAGAUCUCUAUGCCUAUGAAGGAAGAACCUUCUCUGAUUUCCAAAAUGAGGCCAGUUACCGCCAACAUCACCACAAUGCCAGUCAACACUGUGGUAUCACGUCCUCCCCCACAAGUCCAAAUGGCCCCUCCUCUCUCCUUAGAGCCAACGAGCAAUUUCUCUUUAUCUCUGGAGAACCAGUUGGAAGCUCUUUUGGAAGGCACUCUGCCCUCAGGAAAUGAGAUGCCUCACCUGACGAGCAGUAACGAGGAAAAGGAACCCUUCUCGGUCAUUGAGGAUCUACAGAAUGACCUCCUUAAUCAUUCUGGGAUCCUAGAUCACUCUCACUCCCCAAUGGAGACCUCUGACUCACAGUUCACCCCCAGUUCCUGUUUGUCUCUUGACCUCCCAGACCCAAAUUUAGACAAUAUGGAGUGGUUAGACCUCACCAUGCCAAAUGCUUCGUCGGGAUUGACGCCGCUCAGCUCGACGGCUCCCAGCAUGUUUUCCACAGAUUUCCUUGAUCCGCAAGAUCUGCAGUUGCAGUGGGAUUAAACCGCAAAAGGCAGAACCGACUUGACCACGUUUUUAAAAGCUCCACUGUAACAAAAAGGUCCAUUGUUUCAACUCUCCUUUGUUUUCAAGCUCAUCUCUAUAAUUAUCUUAGGGAUUUUUAAAAAAAAUAAAUCACAGAGUACAAGGUUU